AUGAGCCUCAAGUCACAUGAUUAUAAAGGAGUGGAGCUCGAUUUGCCACACUACCUGUCUUCCUGCUUUCAGAGCAGCACAGAUUCAUCUAUCAAAUUACUGCUGGGUGUCCCAUUUGGAUGUUUCACAGCCAUUUCAAAAUCAGUAUGUCUCCUCUUUCUGCCACCUUGGAGCCCGUGGAGGCCUGCUGGGAGACUGUGGUGCAAAGCCAUUUUUUUGCUGGCUAUAAAGCAGGGUCUUUGGAACCAAAGGGAGCACACUACUCUUCUAAAAAUUGAAGGUGUUUAUGCCAGAGAUGAAACCGAGUUCUCCUUGGGCAAGAGAUGUGCUUAUGUGUGCAAAGCAGAAAACCACACAGUGACUCCUGGUGGCAAACCAAACAAAACCAGAGUCAUCUGGGGGAAGGUAACGCAUGCCCGUGGAAACAGUGGCAUGGUUCAGGCCAAAUUCCAAAGCAACCUUCCUGCUAAGGCCAUUGGACACAGAAUCCGUGUGAUGCUGUCUUCCUCAAGGAUUUAAACUAAUGGAAAAUAAAUGAAGAUGGAUUUGUGCUCUUGGGGAAAAGAAAAAAAAACAGUACGUCUAAAAACCAAAUGACUCACCUUUCAUCUAAAACCUCACCUUCUUCCUCAAAGCACCUCAAUCAGAGAAGGUACCAUCCUACACCCCAAUUUGCAUUUUUUAAAAACUACCCUGGCUGGUAUAUGCUGAAUGCAGAAAUUAUAUACAAUUAGGAGACUGCAAUAAUCCAAGUCAGUGCACUGUCUGUCAUAGUUUUUUUUUUUAAAUUUGUUCUAUUUAGUUAUAUAUAACAGUAGAAUCUGUUUUGAUAUAACAAUAAAAGCAUGGAAUAUAUCAUGGUUUAGUUUAGACCCCAGAUCUCUCCUUCCCCUUCCCUUUCCUCACCUCCUGCUCCCUUCCCUCUAUUGAUCUUUCUGCCAUUUACCCACAGUUUUUUUUUUUUUUAAUUAAUUUCUUGUGGAUGUACUCGAGGGUGAGAUUCACUGUGGUAUAUUCAUGUAUGUACUUAGGAAAGUUUAUGUUAGAUUCAUUCUACUGUCUUUCCUUUUCCCAUUCCCUCUCCCUUCCCUUCAAUCCCCAUUGUCUACUCCACUGAACUUUUAUUCUUCCUCCCCCUUUAUUGUGGGUUAGUUUCCACAUAUCAGUGAAAACAUUUGACUUCUGGUUUGGGGGGAUUGGCUUAUUUCACUGAGCAUGAUGGUAGCCAGUUCCAUCCAUUUGCUGGCAAAUGUCAUAAAGUCAUUCUUUAUGGCCGAGUAACAUUCCAUUGUGUAUAUACCACAUUUUCUUUAUCUGUUUCUCUGUUGAAGGGUACUUAGGUUGGCUCCGUAGCUUAGCUAUUGUAAAUUAUGCUGCUAUAAACACUGAUGUGGCUGCAUUACUAUGGUAUGCUUAUUUAUAUAAAUUCUUUGGAUACAUACCAAGUAGUGGGAUAACUGGGUCAAAUGGUGAUUCCAUCCCUAAUUUUUUGAGGAAUCUCCAUACUGCUUUCCAGAGAGGUUGCACCAAUUUACAGUCCUACCAACAAUGUAUGAAUGUACCCUUUUCCCCACAUCCUCACCAACAUUCAUUGUUUCUUGUUUUCUUGAUAAUUGCCAUUCUGACUACAGUAAGAUGAAAUCUCAAUGUGGUUUUAGUUUGAAUUUCUCUAAUUGCUAUCGAUGUUGAACAUUUUUUCAUAUAUUUGUUUACUGUUCAUAUUUCUUCUUUUGAGAAGUGUCUGUUUAGUUUCUUUGCCCAUUUAUUUAUUGGGUUAUUUUUUGAAGGGGGUGUUGUUUUUUGAGUUCUUUGUAUAUUCUGGAUAUUAAUGUCCAAUCUGAGGUACAGGUGGCAAAGAUUUUCUCCCACUCUGUAGGCUUUCUCUUUAUGCUUUCGAUUGUUUUCUUUGCUGUAAAGAAGCUUUUUAAUUUGAUGCCAUCACAUUUAUUGAUUUUUGAUUUUACUUCUUAUGCUUUAGAAUUCUUGUUAAGGAAGUCAGUUCCUGUGAUGAUAUGUUGGAGUGUUGGACCUAUAUUUUUUUUAGCAGGUGUAGGGUUUCUGGUCUAAUUCUCAGGUUCACUUAGAUUGUUUGUGAGAGAUAGGGUUUAAAUUUCAUUCUACUAUAUAUGAAUUUCCAGUUUUCCCAGCACUGUUUGUUGAAGAGGCUAUCUUUUCUCCAAUUUAUGUUUUUGGCACCUUUGUCUAAUACGAGAUGACUGUAUUCAUGUGGGUCUGUCUCUGUGUCUUCUAUUCUGUUUCAUUUGUCUUCAUGUCUGUUUUGGUGCCAACACCAUGCUGUUUUUGUUACUAUAGCUCUGUAGUAUAAUUUAAGGUCUGGUAUUGUGAUGCCUCCUGCUUCACUUUAUUAACAUGUUGGAUAUAAUUGCAUGAGAGUUAUCAUGGUCAAGUGAUUUAAAGCAUGUGUUUGCAGUAAGGUGGGUCUGUUUUUAGUUCCUGGCACCACCACUUAUCAGGUAGUUAUGUAAUCUUCAGCAAAUCUUGUCUGAGUUAUUUUGUCUGAAAAAUAGAGACAAUAACAGUAUUUAUACGACAUUCCUGGGGAUUAAAUAAGAUGUAGGAGGUGAAGCAUUGGUAACUUGAGUCCUUAACUAAGAUCUGUAAGUGCAGAGACCAUUUCCAGUUUGUUCACUUUUGUGUCUUUAGGACCUGAUGCAAAGAAGGCACUUAGUGAAUAUUUACUAUUUGUUGGAUCAGUAAUUGAGAUAGUGAGUGCCUGGAUUAAGCCACUAAUGAUGGAGAUGGACAAAACAAAAUUCAAGGUAGAGACUCGGGUUUUUCCUUCACUUCUCCAUGUCAUCAGUCACUCCUACUGAUUCAGUCCCUAAAUAUGACUCGGGUUCAUCCCGUCCUCUGUAUUCCUGCUGUAACUGCACCCAUGAUCUCUCACCAGGACUACUAUGUAAAGUACAUGAACAUUGUCCCUGCAUCCCAUCUGCUCUUUAUGAGUGUCUUCCAGACUAGUAUUGAAGGAAUCUCUUCAAAGCUGAAAUGGGAACAUGUCAUUCUUUUGCUUAAUGCCUUUGUAUGGCUACUUUGGAUUUAUAGGAUCGAGUCUCUCAACUCCUAAUACCUGUGCAUACAUUUCCAUCUUCCCUUCCUACCCUUCCCUUUGUCACACCCAGGAGCUUAGUAAU